UUUGAGAAUUAAUUAAGUAUUUGCUAUUUUGUCACACGAUGGCAAUGAGACGCCAAUGAGUUCUAGUUUUUCGAUCGGAAAUCUUUCGUCUUAUCUCAAAACUUUGAGCGUGUACUGAAAAUUAGUCAUUCUGGCUUUUCUGCAUCAUGAACGCGACAUCGCUGUACUUUCGCAAGUUGUUCUCCGGUUCGCGUGAGCUGAACUACGGGAACACGGUGCUGGUGCAGCGUGAUAACGGCCAGUGGUGGUUAGGAUACGUUCAAGACAUCGAUGGUCCUAACUUCUUCGUGGACUUCGAUGCCAGCAGCAUCAGUGCCCAAUGGAUUCAUUCUAGCCGUCUCUGGCCGCACCGUUUCAUCGACCCCGCUCAACCACUGCAGCUUGAGGGCUCGCCAGUACAUGUAGCGCUGCGGGAUACCCAUACGGAUCCGAUGGUUUUUCGGCAAGGUACCAUCGCGGACGCUACUCACAGCAGUCCGUUCUACGUUGUAAAUGAUGACAGUCCAGAUGGGGUAAAACGGCAGCAUAUCGUACAUCGAAAUCAUUGCACCCGUGAGCUGCCCGUGCCGGAUGAUAUGGAAAGUUUCUUCGCGCGAACUACGGGGUUCCAGUACACGAAGCAUGUCAUCAGUUUUCCCGAAGCGCAGUUCCUGCCAGACGUGGAUUUCAUCCCUGCGUUUUUGGCCCGAACAUGUCGAUUUGUAUUGGGGAAGAAUAGCCUUUGUGGUGCUGAGUGCCACUUUGAUAGAGACAUUUGGGUGGACGAAAUACAUAUCUUUUGUACUGCCCAACACAGGCACGCGGGUGGAACUUUUUCCGUGGGUGUUGGUUGUCGAAUGUUUGUGCGGAUGGGAGUGGAUACGGUCACCUUUAUCUGUGCCGAAUGGCGUGGCAACGAGCACAGUCCCAGCCUGUUCUGGAACAGAGUUUCCCUGGAGACAGCUUGCGCAGACUAUCUGAACCGGAAAGUAACAGCAGAGCCGAUUCGCAAGGAUACGAUUUCAUGGCACGUGCUGCAGCAUGAUGUGGAGGAAAUGUCCAUAAGCGAUCUUGCACAUCCAAUCCUGACUGACAUACUGCUUCAUCUGGAUGGAGAAUCUCAGUUGCGGGCGAGCAGGGUCUGCGCGCUGUGGAGAUUGAUCUUCAGCAACUACGUAAACCACCGGCACAUCACGCUUAAUAUCUGUUUAAUGUGUGAGGGAGAACCAUGGAACGGCGUGUCAACACCAGGAGCCUCAGGACAGUAUGCUGAUGAAUUUGAAUCUGACGAUUAUGCUGAAUAUCUCAAGUACAAAAUGUUUGUCACGCUGUGCAGCCUAAUUCCAAACCGCACGGAGGCGCUUGAGCUUAUAGAGCAUGCGAACCACUUCCACUAUGACUUCGAUCUCACCACAAGAAUGACAAUGAUGACAACCGUAUUAGCCGCCAAAGGUGUUCGUCUGCCUGUAGUCAGUAUCAGGAACGGGAGUGCUAUCGCUACGCCUCUUGGGCCGCCACAUGACUUCCUGGCCGUCGUCCGUAAUGAUCAGAGUGGAGUAUGGGAAUGUCACGGGUUGUCGGAGGUUAUGACGGUUUGUGACCAGUUGGUGUUGAUUAAUUUCACAGCAGUGAAUUUCAUUACCGGAGCAGCGCUGCAGAUAUUCACCUACGAUACUGUAACCUCCUUGCCCUGGUUCGAAAGAGCGUUUCUGCGCCGGGAUACUUACAACAGACCAUUUCAAGUGACCAUUCCGCGUCUACGUUUCCGCUACGGAGAAGCAGCCGCGGAAGGAGUCCGAAUUCUAUUGGCAGCGGCCAAUGACCAGUGUCCGGCCGUCAGUCAGCGGGUGUUGGACAAGGUCACCGCCAUGCAUGCGCGCUGGGUGUUGACGUUGGCCUAUCCGGAUCAAUGGACCGAGAUUCGCACCUUUUUGCAGAUGUUCAGUUCUCUUCGCCCUGAUGACGCACCACAGCGCUGGACCACGAUGGACCUUCGCCACCUGGACAUUGCUGCUUUGUCUCGUGUCACUUUUGCUGCACUGGAUGGAUGCUUCGAAGACUAAACAAGACAUUAUAAAAAAAGGCAUUUCAGCCAUUGUUUCGAAAUUAUUUUCUGGCAGUGUUUUCUUCUGUUUCAAUGGUUGCAAUGAUCGUUUUACAGCGGCUGGACAGAUAAUAGCUACACCAGUAUGACAACGGUGGCACUCUCCUUCUGUUUGUUGGAAUGGGAUUUCGAGCGAAAAGUGUUGUG